AUGAAACGUCGUCCAUAAAGUGCCAUUAUAUCUAAAAUGAUAAGAGAGAGAUAAGAAUCAGCAAUAAAUACGUAAAAAUGUAAUUCUAAUAGAGUUCAUAAAUGAUUUAUUCAAAAAAGCAAACUCCAUAAUAGGUAGCCCCAAAAGAGUAUUUUGAAGAUCAAGAACAAUUAUAUUUUGUAAAUUUGUAAUUGAAAUAAUAAUGCAAUGAAUAUAAAUUUGAAAAUUAAAAACUCAAAGCCUAAAUAGCUUAAUUAAAAGUAUAGUAAAUAUUUAGUAUAGAAAUAAAUCAUAAAGAUAGAGAAACUAGAUAAAUAUUAGGUAAAUUGUGAUCCUCUUGGAGUAAUUUAAAGUGGAGAGGGUAGUAUAGUACCUAUUUUAAAGGCUAAAGUAAAGGAAUAGCGUAAUUAAAUUGAAGAACUAUAAACUGAUUUGCAUUAAUAGUAUAAGUCUGUUAAAUUAACAAAAUUAUCAGAAUUAUAAAGAGAAAUUUAGAAUUAAUAGAAUGAAAUUAUGAAACUUAAAUAAGUAAUUUAAUCUGCCCUUAAUAUUAAUGAUUAAGAGUAAAUUAUGAUAUUUAAUAUUAAGUUUAGUAAAUGAUCCAAAUGUUAUUGAAAAGCUAUCAAAAUUUACAAUAACAGUACAUUAAUAAGAGAAUUCAAUUUAAUUAUUAAUAAAAUAAAAUGAUAAAUUAAAAAUGGAAUAUUAGGAAAUGUCUAAUGAUAAUGCUAAAUUAAUUGAAGAAAUGAAAUAAUUGAAUUUUGAGAAAAUUAAUUAUAAAAAACAAUUAGAAGAAUAAACAAUAACUGAAAAUGAGAUGUAUUAAUAAAAGAAAAGAGAAUUUUUAGAAAUGAAAUUAGCGUAUUGAUAUUGUAAUUUAUAUAAAAGUGCUACAUUAAAGUAAUUAGAUACAUUAAAGGGUGAGUUAUCAUUAUAUGAGAAUAAGUGUAAAAUACUAUAGAAAUAAAUAAAAGAUUAAGAAAAAGACUUUAAAUAGACAAUAAUGGAAUUAUAAAAAUAAAAAUAAAAUUUAGAAGAUUUAUGCAAUAAAAAAGAUAUAAUAAUGUAAUAUAAACAAUAAUAUUUUAGUUAAGACUUAAAUGAUAGAAUCAAUAUUUAGGAUUUAUUAAAAUAAAAAAAUUCACCUAAACCAUCUGAUUCUCCUCUUACAUUGUAACUCAAAAAGUCUUUCUUUCCUCCUACAACCUAUAGAGAUUAAAUAACUUAAUUUCCAGAAAAUUAAUUAUCAAAUAUUAAUUAAGAUAUUAAUUGUAGACCUAUUGAUAAGAAUAAAUUAGAAGUAUUAUUUUAAUAAUUAAAAUUCAAAAUCAUCUCUUAAAAAUUAACAAAAGAAAGAAUUCAUUUUACAUUUCAUAACAAAGAAUUCAUAUAAUUAGGAGAUGCUAUAUAAAUUUUUAUGAAUGCACCUUAUAAUUUUUAAAAAUCUGAUUCAUUAAUACUUUGUAGAUAUCUUAUUGGAGAGGAUCAAGGAUUCUCUAAUUAAAUAUAAUGGUAAGAUACAUAAGAAGUUAGAGAAAUUAUUGAUUAACUAUAUAAUCAUCCAAAAAUUAAAUCUUAAUAUGUAUAUAUAUAUAUUUUAAUAUAAUAGUUAACAUUUUAGACAAUUUUGAAAUAGAAUUUCUAUUCUAAAGCAAUUAAUCAAAAAUUAAUUCAAUGUAAUAUACCAAAUAAAAUAUAUAAUAAAGAUGAUUUGAUAUUGCUAUUAAAAAAUAACUUUAAUUUCACUUAUGAAUAAAUAGAUUAUAUGUUGAUGAUAAAUUAUUUAUAUUCAAAUGAAGUUGAUAAUAUCAAUAUAAAUGUUCUAAGUAAAUUUAUAUAACAAGAAUGUGAUCUAUAAACUACUCUUCAUAAUUUAACAUAUGUUUGUUUAGAUUCUAUUAGAUAUAUUCCAAAGAAGAUCAAUAAAGUUUCAUAUUCAGAUGAUGAAGAAUUUAAUUAUCCUGUAGUUGAAAGUAAAGAUAAGUAAUCUAAAUAACAAUAAAGAGAUGAUUCAAAAUUUAAACCAAAUGAAUAAUCAAAUUAAAUUUAAAAUAUAAUUAUAAGUGAACAAUACUUAACUUUUUCAUGUAUAAUUUUUAAAUAUAAUAGAAUUUAAAACUUGUGAAUAAUAACUAAAAAGUUCUGAAUCUAGAAAACCUAGCAAUCAUAAUAAUAACAGUAGUGAUAUUUUCUAAUAUAGUCAAUCAUUAUUACCUCUAGCUACUUUAAAAAGACCAUCAGAUAAUUAAUAAAUGACAUCAGAUAAUUCUAUUUAAUUUAAUAUUACAAAUUAAUUCUAAUCUCCAUAGAAAAAUAAGUAAAGAAUAAAUUAAAUUAAUGAAUUUCAAACUGGAAAAGAGAUUUUUGAUUAAAAAAAUAUUCAAUAUAAUAUUGAUAAUGAUACAUAAAUUACUGAUAUAAAUAAAAAAGAGGAUGAUUAUUAUGAGGAAAUCUUAGAGGAAUACAUUGAAGAAUUAUGA